AUGGUAACAUUUCAGGCCUAUGCAGUUGGACAAGUAGAGAUAAAUUUUGGCCCAAAUGAGGAGGAAGAAAUUAUGGCUGAGAAAGAUGAAAAAGAUGAAUCAGAUGAGGAAGAAGAGGGUAGUAAUGGCAGUGAGGACGAGGACUAUACUCCCAAGGGUGGUGAAGAUGAUAGUAGUGAUUCAUGGAGUUUUGAUUCCAGAAAUGGUUAUUGCUCAGAAGAUAGUGCUGUUGAGGUUGUGUUUGGUGACGGUGAUGAUGACAAGGAAGGGGCUGAGGGGUUAGUAGAUGUCAACAUCAGGGUAGGGGAUAGAUUCGAGGCUGGCACAACUGAAACCCAAACAGAUGCAGCAAAAGAGAGUAUAAGUGACAAUGACAAAGGUAAGGAGAAGAUUGCUGCAGGUUUAGGGGAUGAGGAAGAAGGAUAUGAAUCUGAAGAUUUUCUGGAUAUGCCUAUUAUUGAUGAUGAUGAUGAGGAUGAUAAUAAUGUUUUCAAGAAGUAUCCGUUGCACAAGCAGCUAAAGGACAUGAGUGAGUACAAGUGGGAGGUUGGAACUCUUUAUGUAUCAAGAGAGGAGUUUAAGGAUUGUGCUACUGCCUAUGCUGUACAUACUGGCAGGGGUUUGAGGUUUGAUAAGGUUGACCUUCGGAGAGUGAAGGUUACUUGCAUGGAGGGUUGCAACUGGUUUGCAUACUGUGGGAAGAUGAAGAAUGAGCAAACAUGGCAAUUAACCCGCUGCCACAACAAGCAUAGUUGUUCUAGAGAGUUGAAAAUUGGGAUUAUGCAUGCAAAAUGGUUGAGCAAGGUGUUUAUAAAAAAUAUUGCUGAGAAUCCAAAGAUAAAGCUCUCCACACUAAUGAAGAAAGCAUACAGCAAGUGGAAUGUAGAGCUGACUAAGUCUAAAGCUGCCCGGGUUAAACAGUUUGCACUUGAUGAGUUACAAGGAACGUACAUAGAGCAAUAUCGGAGACUCUAUGACUACUGUCAUGAAUUACUGAGGUCUAACCCGGGUUCUACAGUGAAGUUGCAAGUGGAGAGACCACCUGAGUUUGCUUCUGAGAGACCAAAACCUGGUGUGGAUCUAAGGCCAAAGUUUCAAAGACUCUAUGUGUGCGUUGAUGCUUGCAAGAAGAGUUUUAUGGUUUGCAGACCAAUAAUUUGCCUUGACGGGUGCUUCAUCAAGACACCAUAUGGAGAUCAACUUCUCACGGCUAUUGGCUGGGACCCGAACGACCAGAUAUUGCCAAUAGCCUAUGCAGUGGUUGAAGCAGAGACGAAGGACACAUGGACCUGGUUUCUUACCAAUCUGUGUGAUGAAUUUGGCUAUGAGAAGAUAAGGAGCUGCACCUUCAUGUCUGACCAACAGAAGGGUUUAGUUCCAACCUUCGAUGAGCUCAUUCCCGGAGUGGAUCAUAGAUUCUAUGUUAGACAUCUUUACAGCAAUUUCAGGAAGAGAUUCCCAGGGCUGCAACUAAAACUGAUGAUGUGGAAUGCUGCAAAGGCUACUUAUUUACAAGAGUGUGAUAGGAGGAUGACUGAAAUCCAAAAUGUUGAUAAUGGAGCCUACAACCACCUGAUGGAGAUACCAACCAAAUAUUGGUGCCGGCACAAGUUUGGGACUUGGUCUAAGUGUGAUACCUUGGUAAACAAUAUGUGUGAAGUAUUUAACUCUGUGAUUGUGGAUGCCAGAGAGAAACCAAUAGUCAGCAUGCUUAAAGACAUCAGAGUAUACAUAAUGAGGCGUUGGGCUGAUAAUAGGGAUCGGAUAAUUGAAUACCCAAGAGAGGUGUUGCCCCGUAUCAGGAUUAAGGUUGAAAAACAAGCUAAUGCAAGUGGUAAGUGGGUCAGCACGUAUGCUGGUCGUGACAAAUAUGAGGUAACUAGUAUCCAUGGAGGCAAAGAGAAGUUCGUUGUUGAUUUGAAGAAUCACAAGUGUUCGUGCAGGAAGUUUCAGCUGUCCGGAAUCCCCUGUGCUCAUGUAAUGACCUGCAUUAGGAAGAUGUGCUUCAAUGUGAACAACUUUGUUGCAAUCUGUUACAAGAAAGCAACUUAUUCUGAGUGCUACCAACAUGUGGUAUAUCCCUUGAAUGGGCCCAACCUGUAG